AUGGCCUCUAAACAAGACUAUCAAGAGACCUUAGGGGCAGCAGAAGAUAUAGCAGAUGAGGAAUCGUACAAUGAGGAAGAAGACGAGGAUUUUGACCCUUCAAAAGAGGUGGAAAAGCGCGUCGAUGAGGACGAUGACGAAGAUGACGAAGACAACGAGGACAACGAAUACAAUGAAAAGAGACCAGAUUACUCGCAUAUUGAAAGCGGACAAGGUGGGUUGGUACGUACAAGACGUGGCAGGAUACUGGAGGAGCAACAGAUGCGGGAAAACAAGUAUGAAGAGCUGCGAGAAACUGGCAUUUCGCAGCAGACAAUCAGUGCGUGGGAUGAGCUUCAAACACAAAGCAACCAAAGACUCCGCAAGAGUAUUUCUGUUAUGAGCGAGGAAGCCGCAAACGAGUCCCAAAAUGGUCUUCAGGAAGAACUGGUGCUCAUAGAUCGCAGAUACGAAUUCGCUGGCGAAAUCCUGCACGAAAAGAAAAUGAUUCCCAAAAACAGCGCAGAAGCUCAGGAAUAUUUUAACAACUUGCGUUUCAAAAAGACUCAAACCGGGCCCGAUUCUGCUGCUGCUAGUUCAACGACCAAAGUUGCAAUUAACGACCGAGGUUUGAAACUCAGAAGAGUUCUUAAGAGACCUCCCAUAUUGGAACAAAUAAUAGCAGGAGCUCUUAAACCAAAACUCACAACUUUGGAAAAAUCGAGGCUGGACUGGGCCACUUAUGUCGACAAAGAGGGCAUCAACGAUGAGCUAUCUUUGCACAACAAAGAUGGAUACUUGGAAAAGCAAGAUUUUUUGAAUCGUGUAGAAUCGUUCAAAGAUGCGAGAUAUCAGCAAAUGCGUAAGACAGAACUGCAACAAAGACUAGCGGGUACCUAA